UUACAUCAAUCAGCAAAUCUCAGCUGUGACCAACCACAAGUAGUCCAGGACAGGUUGAACUGGCAUUAGUUGCUACUGGGAGGUGUGUUCAACAGCAAGGUGUGUCAGUCUCUCCGAAACCGUCAUGUGUGAAUCAUUUGAAAAAGCUGCCGAGGAUGUGUUGGUUCUGAAAAAUAGGCCAAAAAACAGCGACCUAGCAGAUUUGUAUGGCUUGUACAAGCAAGCCACUGUCGGUGACGUUAACAUAGCAUGUCCGAUGUUGUUAAUGGACUUUGCAGGAAACCAUAAGUGGAAAGCGUGGAACGCCAAGAAAGGUAUAACCAAAGACGAAGCAAUGACUCAGUAUGUGGAUCUGGUGGAGAAGCUGAAGAAAGAAUCCUGAAUCUGGAGUCUUACUAAUGAAGUCAAACUUAACUUUGAAAUCCUGAAGUUACCUAAAAUAACUUCUUUCUUUCUUUCUGUCUCGGGGAGAAGAGCUAAUAUUAAUCCUAACUCUGAUGUGUUUGCCAAUAACUGAAAAGAUGUACACUACGAUAACCACUGAACAAACUAACAAGCCUGGAAUAAAUACAAAUACAACAA